UUCUCCUUCAAGAGCUGCAAGUUCAGAGCUCAGAAGAGUAAAGAAGGCACUGGGAGGAUUGUGAUGUGGAGGAUGGGAAUCCCCAACAGUUACACCAUGGAGUCAACCUUCUGCGGAUCCACUCUCGGUGGGAGAAGGGGCACCCAUUUCAGCACAGAGGACUUGAAAUCACUGGGGUAUCACUUCUGUGACACACUGCUGGACUACUGCGAUCCAGAUCCAUCCAAG